AUGAGUCUUCCCACGAGGCGGUUAGUCUCAUCCGCUCCCUCGACACUACAAGCCGUCAGCCGUCCGAUUCCUCGAUCCUUCGUCCUUCCGAUUCGGCCGGCUACCCAGAUCCGAAGCAAAUGGAGCUUCGGCGGUCUCUUUGGCGGCCGUCGCGGCAAGAGAAGCAACGCCGAUGAUGCUAUGACGGGCGGCGAGAACCUCGACGACCCCAAGGUCCGCGAACGCUUUGCUCAGUCGCAGCAGCCCAAGAUGUCUAGUUCAAUUUUCGAGGAGGAAGUCGACGAUGCUGUUGCAGAGGGCAAAACGGGCGCCAAGGCCGAAAAGGGCCAGGCGUCGGUGAAGACACCAGAGACGAUGGCAUGGCGCCUCGACCCCGACCCGCGAAGUCGUCUCCGCUGGGAGAGAAAGAAGGUGAUCCAAAUGGUGCGCAGCAAUGGCCGCGUCAGCCGUGAUGAGCGUAUUGCACAGACCGAGAAGAAGUUAUCUCACAAGAGCCCCUUUUUGGAGACCAGCGUCAAGAAGCUAGUGCAUCUAGCGCGCCAGAUCCAGGGCAAGUCUCUCGAAGAGGCCGUUCUGCAGAUGUCGUACUCCAAGAAGAAGAUGGCUUCUGAAGUCAAGUACCAGCUAGAAGAGGCGAGGGACUUGGCUGUUGUCACGCGUGGUAUGGGCCUUGGUAAGGCCGGCCGCAAGAGCGACGGCACAGCGGUGCAGCCCAUCAAAAUUCAAACCAAGGACGGCAAGACCUUGACCAUCGAAGACCCGACUAGGCUAUAUGUUGCUGAAGCCUGGGUUGGUCGAGGACCUUGGAGGGCCAAGACCCUCGAUUACAAGGGCAGAGGCAGAUUCGGCAUCAUGCAGUCGCCCUCCACCAGCAUUUCGGUUGUCUUGAAGGAGGAAAAGACAAGGAUACGAGAGCACACGGAGAAGUUGGCCAAGCAAGCGCGAAGAAAGCCCUGGGUCCAUUUGCCUGAUCGGCCAGUGACGGCUCAGAGACCCUACUACUCAUGGUGA